AUUAACCGACACCGUAUAUGUCAAAGCCAGAAAUUGACCUCCUCUUCUGGGUGCGCGCUUGGUUCUCAGUAUUCCCCGAAGCCACUCACUCCCGUCGCCAAUUUUUCUCAAAUUCCCAAUGAAUUUCUUCAAGUCGGUAUUCGGAGACGAACCAGAUUCUCCUAAUUCUGAUUCCAAUCCCUCCUCUAAUCAGCCGCCAUCGGACUCAGAUCCCAAUUCCCCUCCUAAGCAGCAAAAUCCUAACCCUGACCUUAACGAUGCUGGCAGCAGCAGUGGAGGUGCUGGGUGGAGCUUUGGCGGUCUCAUCAGAACCCUAACAACCAAAUCUGAAUCCGUCAUCGAAAUCUACCGUCGCGAUCUUAAGGAAUUUGGGUCGGGUCUGAAGAAGGAAAUCGAGGUUGCUCAUGGAUCUCUAGAGACCGUGGGUCACGCCAUUGACGAGCUUGGAAGUUCCGUGUUGAAAAAUACGGCGGAGAUCAUUUCCCAGGGCAAAGAGGCUAUCCUCGCCGCCGAUCAUGAAUCAGAUUCAUCUGAUAAUAAUAACGACAGGAGUAUUACUAGUCAGCAGAGCUUGAAUUCGAAACCAUAUAGUCGUUUUGAUGCUCAGGUACGGGCGAUUCAAGGCGAUGCGAGCACCUACUGUGAUGAGCCAGAGGAUUUGGAUGAUUAUAAGAAAUGGAAAUUAGGUUUUGUAUUGGAGAAGAAGAGAGAGGAGGUUGAAAGCUUGCUUGAGCAGAAUGGUGCUGUGGAGAGUAUAUACAAAAGGGUUGUGCCAAAUAGUGUUGAUGAUGAGACAUUUUGGUGUAGAUACUUUUUUAAGCUUUAUAAGCUCAAGCAAGCUGAAGAUGUGAGGGCUAAUCUUGUGAAGAGAGCAAUCUCGACAGAAGAGGAUGACUUGAGUUGGGAUGUUGAUGAUGAUGAAGAGGAGGAAAAGGAAGAUCAAAGGAAUGUCACUUUGAAGGAAAAUGAUGAUUUGGGAAACAAAGAUUCUUUAAAAAAUACAAAAGACGAGGAGAAGUAUAUGCAUCUUAAAGAGUCUGAGCAAAUUGUGAAGAGUGAUGAAAUUAAUAAUUCGGGCAGCGGAGAGACUGAACAAGGUGUGAAGGUGAAGGAUGAGGAAAUCUCUGUUGUGGAAUCAGCGGGAGAGAAGGUAUCGAGUGGUGGUGAGAAUGUAGCCAGUGAGAAAGUUGAUUUGUUGAAGAGUGAAGAAGAGACUGUAUCAAAAUCUGAUCAAAAAGGAGGAUCAGAAGGGAAGGGUGACAAUGGAGAAUCUUCUAAAGAUAGUGAUGUUUCUGUUAUAUCCAGCCACCCAUCAAUGCCAGAGGAGGAAGAUCUUGGGUGGGAUGAGAUUGAGGAUCUAAGCAGCAUUGAUGAGAAGAGAGUGAGUCACAGUUCAAGUCCAAGCAAGAUUGAUCUGCGGAAGCGGUUGAGUGCUGCAGAAGAAGAGGAGGAUUUAAGUUGGGAUAUUGAAGAUGAUGAUGAACCAGUAAAAGCUUGAAACAAUUGUCGAGUUUAUAACUUUAAAAUUUACUGCAUUGUCUGAUUUACCUCCAUAUUUGUUUAUCUAAGUGUUAUAUAUAGAGCAUGGGGCAUUCUUUUUUUUUUUUUGGUUAAUUUGUACCUUGAAAGUGCUAAUGUUGUCUGCAAUUGUUACUUGAAGUUGAAAAACAUCUAUAUUGCAUCGAGUAUUUGUAUAA